AAAAGUUUAGAGCAACGAUAUGUAGACGAACAUACGGCGCACUUCCCCACCGAGUUUUUGUUUGCCUGCGCGACUGGUUGAGUCCUAUUAAUUGGGUGUAAAAGUGAGAUAGGCUGCUCUGAGGGGAACAUAAGGAGACGACUGAGGCGCUUCAGCCCAGGAAAGAAGUGCCGUGAGAAAGAUACCGUCUAUCUCUCUCACACACCACCACCACCACCACCACCAUCACCAACAACAACAACAGCACCACAACAGCCGCGCCCGGAUCACAUCCUUACAGCACAGCGCUCUCCCUGCCUUCCUGCUAUAGCAUGGCCAGUUCGAGUAAAGCGACUUUAAUCUUGCUCAUCUACGGAAUCUUAAUGCACUACAGCGUCUUCUGCACACCUAUCGGACUAAGUUACCCUAAGAUUAGACUUGAAAACGACGCCUUCGAUGAGGAUGGGAACUCGUUAUCCGACAUGGGUUUUGAUAGCGAUCAGAUUGCUAUACGAAGCCCGCCAUCCUUAAACGACGACGCGUUCACUCUCUACUACCCGCCAGAGAAGAGAGCAGAAAGGCAUGCUGAGGAAGAAUUAGAUAGAGCCUUGAGGGAGAUCCUGGGUCAGUUAACAGCGAGACAUUAUCUGCAUUCUCUGAUGACAAUUCGUGCAGGCGAGGACAACAGCAUGGAGGACGAGUCAGAGCCCUUAUCCAAAAGACACUCAGAUGGGAUCUUCACCGACAGCUACAGUCGCUAUAGAAAGCAGAUGGCCGUGCAGAAAUACCUGGCAGCGGUUCUGGGAAGAAGGUACAGACAGAGAGUUAGGAACAAAGGACGCCGACUUGCCUAUUUGUAGCGUUGUUAAAGCGCCCAAACUGCCCUCCUGUGUAUAUACAUCCAGUCGUUAAAUCAAAGUCAUUCAGAUAUAUCUGAUCAACCAGUGGAUUGCGCCUGUGUUCUUUCAACAUGUAUUUAUGUAUGAAGUAAAGCCAUUAAAAUGAAUAUUUUAAUAAUAAUAUCGUUUUUUUUUUCCUUUUUGUACAAAAGCACUUGAUAACGCACAGUUGUGGACCAAUAUUUUAUUUUCAAUGUCAAGAUGUUGAAAAAAUAUAUAUAAAAAAACACAAACAAAAUGACUUUAAAAAAAAAAAAGAAGAAGAAGAAAUCAGAAAAAAAAAAGAUAAUUGUGCACCUUCAACGUUAUGCGCUUGAAAUCUUUAAAGGUCAUCUACAUAUGCAGAAAAUAAAUAGAUUUUAAAAAGACAAUCAAAGUAUUGAAUGUUAUACUUAUUUUUGUAACCAACGUUCUAUUUUUUUAGUGUUGUUUGUUUUCCAAACAGGCCCAAAGAAGCAGUGAGCAUGCUAUGUGAGGCAUAUCCGGCUUAUCCUAAAUGAUAGAUGUUGCCCUUGUCCACCCUUCUCCUCGCUCCCUUAAUGCGAGCUCUGUGGGUUUGUAUGGCUUGCUGCCCCUCCAGGGGAAUCCAGAUGGCUUCUGUUGUACGGCCUUUCAUUUGAUGGAUAACUGAUUGACUUACACGGUUAUUCGUGUAGCUGGUGGUAAAAUCCAACCCUCUUGGAAGAAAAAAAAAACAAAACAAAACAACCAAACAAACAAACAAACAAAAAAAACUUGCAGGCUUUUGCAAGGGCAUCACACUGAAGCUAAAGGAAGCACUCAAGUUGCUGAUGAGAGUAUGCGGCAAACACUGCUUGCUCACUUGCCUCAAAGUCAUUUACUGCGGGAGAUAACUCGUGCUCCACAGGACUGUGUAAAGAAUGUUCCAUAUGUGUGUGUGUGUGUGUGUGUUAUGUACAGUACAGAAAUUACACGGUGCACAUAUUCAUUUCAAUGUUGUCUGUGUUGAGCCAACAGAAUUACGUGGAGGAAUGUGCUUCAGCUGUUGAUUGUGAUUGGUCGCAGCACUGAAAAUAUUCAGAAAGGACUCAGAACCUGUAAGAUUCAGGGAACCAAGUGUUUUCUGACAGGAGGUGGAGAGGAAAGGUAGCGUCUGAGUUGCAGCUGGAGGUCUUUAUCUUAUUUCUUAUUUAUUGGUGCAUGUGGAAGUUGACAGAUUGCUGAUUUUGCAUAGAAACUGCAUGUCAUCGUGCUUUAUUUUUUGGGACUGUGCUAUUUGGGAGGUGCUAAGCUUAUUUCAGCACCUCUCCACCCCCACCCCCAUCCCCCUUAGAUGUGUAGGGAAAGUGAACAAGGAGGGCUAGAAGUGGUGGAAACUGGUACUGCACUGACUUGUUGAAUUUUCACUUCCCCCUGCUGCUGUCAUUGUGCAUAUCACAAGGCGCGACACUGGACCUGGAUUCCCCCCCCACACCAGUUUUCGCUGAACGCCUUCUUCCUAGUAGAGGUCCUUUUAGAGCUUCUUUUGCUUCCAGAUCGCCGUGCUAAAAUAGUUGACUUGACAGUGCUGUGGUUCAUCGUUAAGACAAAGUUGAUCAGUGUGUUGGAUGUCUACAGGGGUAUGUGCAGCGAGGAUGUGAUGAAGAGAUGAUGUUAGGCGAGCGUGAGAGAGAGAGAGAGAGAUGCAUGGAGAGGAUGAGAGUAGGAGACAAAGAGAGACCGUGUGUGUGUGUGUGUGUG